UAUUUUCACGAAUGUUGCACUGGGUGCUCUGCUUCUUCUUUUCUUUUUCUUCCUCCGAGGGAAACAGAGGAUUGGCCCCCGUUCCCGUUUGCGACCUGUUUUGAAACGCAAAUUUGUGCGGCCACCUGAAUUUGACUCGCUUGCGACGCGCCUCGCCGGAAUGCUAUAAUCACCAGAAUUCAGAAACAAGGCACGGGGGAUGACGUACGUACGGCGGAGAAUGCUUUGUCGGGGUCUUAAACCAUGGAACGAGGCAAAUGCAUGCAGUCUACCGUGGUCCGUCACCAAAGGAGAAACGGCUUGCUCGCCAGCGCGACCCGUGCUUUGACGCGGGCAAUUACCGGCACACGACACGCGCUGCGCUGCGUGCGCGCGCAUUCUUCUUCUUCUUCUUCUUCGAUGCGGGGCUCUGCCCGUCACCCACAAGAAAGCGAGCACGUACGUAGCCAGCGUCCUCGACAACUGCUCUCCAUCGCGUUUCACGUACACCCCUCGACCAUGAAGCCACACAGGAGCAGCCCCUUGUCGCGGAAGGUCUCCGUCGCCGUUGCCACGCCGAUCCUCCUCCUGCUGGCCCUCGCCGUCGUCUUGCUCUACGACUUCAGCUUCGCCGAAAGCUACCAGCACACACGCCGCGCCUCCUCCGCAUCAUCGUCGACGACGUCGCCUCCGGCCACCACCUCCCCGUCUCCCACGGUUCCGGCACCCGUACCAUCGUCAACUUCGUCGCCGUCUCCGGCCAGCUCCUCCUCGACUUCGGCGUCUCCGGCCAACUCCUCCUCGCCGGCGUCCGCCGUCGAAGCAUGCGAUCUUACGCGGGGCCAAUGGGUGCCGGACGACGAGCCGCCAUACUACACCAACCUGACGUGCCCGUUCAUCGACGACCUCCAGAACUGCAUGAAGUUCGGCAAGCCGGGCCUCGACCUCAUGCACUGGCGCUGGAAGCCUGACGACUGCGACCUCCCCCGCUUCGACGCCGGGCGGUUCCUGGAGGCCAUGAGGGGCCGGUCCAUGGCCUUCGUCGGCGACUCGCUCGCCAGGAACCACCUCAAGUCUCUGCUCUGCAUCCUGUCCCAGGUGGCAGAACCGGUGGAGCGGGUCACCACGACGGAGACGGACGUGACGGGGAGGGCCGUCCGGCGAGACUUCCACUACGGCAGCCACGGGUUCAACGUGUCGCUCUUCUGGUCGCCAUUCCUGGUCAAGGCCAACCUCUCGAACGCGGAGCAGGGCCUGGGCCUGUGGGACGUGCACCUCGACACGGCGGACGCCCGGUGGGCGGCGCACAUCGCCGACUUCGACUACAUCGUGCUGUCCGGCACCAACUGGUUCUUCCGCCCCUCCGUGUACUACGAGGGCGGCCGAGCCGUCGGGCGCAACGGCGGCGCCCACCACAACGCGACCGAGGCGCCCGUCUCCGGCGUGGUGCGCGCCGCGUUCCGCACGGCGCUCGGCGCCAUCGCGGCCCGCGAGGGGUUCCGCGGCGACGCCGUGGUCCGGACGGUCACGCCCGCGCACUUCGAGAACGGGGAGUGGGACACCGGCGGCGACUGCGUCCGCACACGGCCGCUCCGCCGCGGCGAGCGCGCCCGUGACGCCGUCGUGGCCGAGUUCCGCGCCGCGCAGGUUGACGCGCUGAGGGAGACGGAGGCGGCGGCGGCGCAGCGGAAGUGGAAGCGGGGCGGCGCGGAGCUGCGGCUGCUGGACAUCACGGAGGCGAUGGAGCUGCGGCCGGACGGGCACCCGAGCCGGUACGGGCAUCCGCCGGGCGGGAGCGUGGAGGGGAGCUUCGUGGUGGACUGCCUGCACUGGUGCUUGCCCGGGCCGAUCGACCUGUGGACCGAGCUGCUGUUCCACAUGCUGGCGGCUCGUCCAGAGCGUGCUGACAUCGUGUAAAUUGAUCUUUCUGUUUUUGCCGCAUUAAUUCAGAGCGAAGUGAAUUCACGGUUGCAAAUCAGAGCGUGGUCUGUCUAUCUGUAUCUACUGGUAUAGCAGCAGGGUUUCUGAAAAAGAAACUGAGAGAAAUGGUGUGCAAGGCACGCUGUGAGCUCCACCCCCGACAGGCGAUACGCAAACUCUUCCAUUCCACGUAAGCAGAGCAGAGAGAACAUGUGCUCACAGUUCUGAAUGCUGCAUCCUAGAAGGCGACACCCCUUUGUCCAUUAAUGUAAGACUUUUUCUUUUUAAUUUAAUCGUCUUAGGCCCUGUUUUUGAAACCACCCAGAUUAUAUAAUCUGAUUUUAUAAUCUAUUGUAUUUUUCAA